AUGUCAACUUGUAGAGAACUAAUUGUUUGUUAGAAUUGUGCCAAGGAUCUUAUAAGUUAAUAUAAAGAAUUAUAUCAAACAUUUUUGAGUAGAUAAGAAAAAUUCUUGUUUUUAUAAAGUGAUUUAAAACAAUAUAGAAUCUAAUGUGAGAUUCAUACUUCAAAUUUAAUUGGAUCAAAAAGAAAUGAUUUAUUUAGUAAUAAAAAAUAGAAAUCUUCACUUAAUUUACUUGGAUAAAAUAGAUUAAGCUUAAUGGAUUUUCCAAAGUUUUUAUUUAAAGGAGAAUUCUAAAUUAUAAUACGUGCUGAUGUUUUUAAGGCUCAAGUAAAUUACUUUCUUAAAUAAAUGCAAGUAAAUGAGACAAUUAAUAAUGAAAAAGAGAUUAUAAUGCACAUAAAUGAAAUAAUAGAUCCUUAGGAUAAUAUCAAUUUCAAUGAAUUUAUUCGAUAAAGAGAUAAUUAAAUAAUAAUUAAUUAUGAUGUAUUUUCUUAUUUCAGUAUGCAUAGUAUAUUCUCUUCGAUAAAAUUUUAAAAUUUGGUACAACAGUAUUAGAUAUUUAAAUUUAAGAUAAUUUUAAAUCGAAAAUAUUAAGAGCUAUAAGCUCUUUGAUUUUAGAAUAAAUUUUAAAUGGUAGGGAUCAAUUUAUUUAGAAGUAUCAUUUAAAAAUAAAUUUUAUUAGAAUUGUAAAAUUAAUCCAAAAUAUUAUAGCUUAAAUAAAUAAUCAUUUAAAAAAUAGAGAAUAGAAUUCAACAAAUCGAAUAUGAGAAAUAAUAAUAAAUGCUUAUAGCAUACAUAGAGUAAGAAGAAAAAUAAAUUGAAGUGAAGAAAGAAAAAUAAAGAAAAAAAAGAUAAUAGCGAAAAUUAAAAAAGAAAGUUAAUUAAUAAUUGGAAUAGUUGGAAGAGGAGGAAGAGGAUGAUGAAGAAACAAAAAACUUUUUUUGUGAUAUAAAUUUCAAAACAUAAAAAUGUGAAUCUUCACACUCUGACAAAGAAAUCAUAACAGAAUUACUGAUUCUAAAAAGAAAUAUUAAUGAAAUCAACCAAAAAAGAAAAUAGUUAAGAGAAACUAUUAGAAAAGAGUGGGAAAACUAUUAAAAAUAGUUCUAAUCAUUAAAACAAUGA